CCUCAAUACGCUUGGUAAUGAGCAGGCAUUGCCAAAGUUUCUCACUGCAUGCAUUAUACAUGCCGAACCAACCUCGGAGUUACAAUGGUGUCAUGUCAGCCCAACAGGUCGACGAAGCCCUGAAGCGAAAACGCUUCGGCGACCACACUGAGCCCGAUGCAUGCAUAAGGCGAUUCCAUCUUCACCAUCCUACACUGGAAUCAAUCGCUGCGCUUAUCUUGAAUGCCAAGGAAACCGAGCUCUUCGUUCUCAGAGACUUCUUCUGGAAUUAUUUUAGAGGUCAAACGAAUCAGGCUUCCAUCCGAUUCAACAUUGGGAACGGCGGCCGCACUUUCGCCUUGAGCUAUCACAUUCCUUCAUUUGUGCUACGUACAGUCGAUCUGGACGACGCCCCUGAGGACCCUCGUUUAGGAAACGAGUCACGAAUUGUCGAAAUCCUCUACGAAACUCAACAUUCAUUCACCGUUUAUGGCCCCAACAAGUCCGUCUGGACUUCAAAUUAUCUUGGUGACACAUACUUUUACAAGGUAGACUCGGAAAACCAAGACACAGUCGAUUACUACACAGAAGAGGUUGAUGACAACGAUAAUUACUAUGAGGAAUGCCAGGAGAAGUGGGAUCCAUCGACAAUAGGUAUUGUGGAAGCCGAAAAGGUGUCACAUCCGUGUGAUUACUUUCUGAUGGUCCUACACGAGCGUUUCAAGCAGUGUCAUGAAGAGUGGGUGAAUACAUUCAUCACAAUUGAAAAGAGAAUAUCAAACCAUGCCGAGAUCCACCGCGCAGCCGUGGUGACGACUCCUAUUUCACAAGAUUCGGUUCUCAAAGCUAUAAAAUCCAUAGCAAAAAGUCGCGAGUGGCUCGAAAAUACCGAAAAGCUGUUGGAUUCGCUCAUUCGCGCACUUCGUGCCAUCGUCAAUUCCUGGUACGAUUUCGAGGAGGACGGCUGGGUUAAUGUUCCCAGGAGCAACGGUAUCCAGUCAUUGCAACAGCAAAUAGUCAACAAAGUCAAGGAGCUCACAGACGUUCUUAAUGGUUUUCUGGACUUGAAGGGUCAAUGCCACCAGUUCAGGCAGAAAUUGGACCUCGAGAUCAAUGUGCAAAGCGGUUCUUUCAGUUCCCUACAGCCCUUCAAUGUAACGUUUAUUCAAGUCAUAUCACCGCUUGUUACUUCAGCAGCAAUCCUACAAGCGCAGGUCCUUUCAUUCAGCUCACAAUGGGCAUGGUUUCUUCUCCUAACCGUUGGGUUUUCUGCCCUUCUUUGGUGUAUGGAACCUUGUUCCAGCCCGCUACCUUGGCUGCGCAGGAAGAUGCUCAACGUUUACAGCCACCUGGGUGGAGAGAAGGAUGGGCUCCAAGACGGCGCGACAUGGGAAUCAGGGCGGCUUCUGUCCUUUCAAUCCCUUUUCAAAAGAAGCACGCCUGAGCUAUCCGAGAUUUUGCCACCCACUCGGGAGUCGGAUUUCCGUUCGCCCGAAAGUUGCCUCGCCACGUCAAGCCUUGGUAUGACAAGCCUCACGAUGACCAUGGGCGAGCUCAGCUCGCAGCUAUCCAAUUUUGGGCUGGAAUCGGAAAUGCACGAAAUCCCAGCGGCCGACAUUUUGGCUAAGCCACUCGACAUUUUUCGGUCGCAUUUGGCCAAUCUCAUCGCUUCUGCCGUCCAUUGCGACCUCUCGUCGGCCUACGACUCCAUCGCCGAUUCUUCCAUGGCGGACCUCGAAGUCAUCGUGCCCAAGCUCAAGCUAAUGGACAAGUCAAAACCGCCCAUCGAAAACUCCAUUGAUAUCAGCCAGAAACUAAAACUGUCGCCUUUCUUCACAGCCCCCUAUCCUGAUGGGCCGCGAAUCAGGUUCUAUUUUUCCCCAAUGGCUCUACCAAAGCUUCUUCUUCCAUAUAUUGAGGACCGAAAGUCUUCAUAUGGCGAACAUAAAUCGGAAGGCUUGAAAGACACCUCCGGUACCCAUAAGAAAGUAAUUGUGGAGUUCUCGUCCCCAAAUGUCGGAAAGCUUCUCGAGAGCAAGCCACUCGAGCAUAUGCUUGAGGUGUACUUGCAAAUCAAGACUCUGUUCAAGCCCGAGCAGGAAGAAAUCAGGAAGGCUAAGGAUGAGGUCCGCAGUUCUUCGGAGAUUGAGGGCCGUGGAGUUUCUGCCGAAAGAGACGCUUUCUUCCGAGAUUUGGAAGCACAGACCGAAGAUGCAGUACGUUUGUGGUCCCAGUUCAGACAGCCCACUAUCGAUCAUAUGCAAGAGUCGUAUGGAGGCAUGGGCAUCCGCUUUGACGAGUACUCUGGUGAAUCUCAGGUCAAAGCGGAGACGAUGUCUGAAGUGGAGGGCAAACUCAAGGCCGAAGGUAUCCUCGAAGAGAAUGAGGACGGCUCAUGGCUCAUCGAUUUUGCAAAACAUGCCGGAAAGGCUGGCAAGGGCUUGCCGGCGCAAGUUCUCCGCAAUCACGAUGGAUCGUCGACAUAUCUGCUCCGCGAUAUUGGUGCAGCAAUCGAUCGAUACAAGGCUCAUGAGUUUGACAAGAUGAUCUACGUCGUCUCUUCUCGACAAAGCUCUCACUUUCAACAGCUUUCUCUUGCUCUGAGAUUGAUGGGACGUGCUGACCUCGAGGAGAAGAUUCAUCAUGUUAGCUUUGGUGAGAUCCAAGGGCUUGAGGGACACAUGAACGGUCCGUUGCUGCUUGACAACAUCCUCCAUCAGUGCAGCCAAUCUUUGCAACACCCAUCUGCCUCAAUGCCUAGCGAGAAACUCAACGGAACCCAGUUGGUUGUCGGCGCACUGCUCUCCAGAGAGGUCGCCGCUAAGAAAAGAUCUCAUGGCUACACCAUCGACCCUGACCACAUCUUCUCUGAGGAUGAGGGAGCAAUCCUUAAUUUGCAACAGUUUUAUGCGCAAAUCGUCUCCAAGAUUUCCGAGCUUCAAACUGACGACGUCGAGGCGGUCUCUCCAGACCCCUCUGUGUUCGAAGAUGAUGUCACCGCCGAACUUCUGGGUGCGUUGGCCCGAUACCCUGAGGUCACAGCGACUGCAUUCAAGUCCCUCGAGUCUCAUACCAUCUUCAUAUACAUGUCUCAACUUGCCGAGUCCCUGGAGUUUCUAGAGCCUGAUGAAGAUGAUGCCGAAGACCAAGAAGAGGGUGGCUCAUCCAGCCAGGCUGGGCCAAGCUCGUCGCCUGAAGAAGACCCUCCUGGGGCUCGGCGGGCGCGCCUCGAGUUGUAUCGUUGUGCUAGGCAACUGGUUGAGAAUGGGAUGAGACUGCUUGGGUUCCCCAUUCCUGAAGCCUAAAACGCAAAGGCUUGUUGAAGUGAGAUCUACUUGCAAUGAUGGCGAAGUUUAACAUAACCUAUGAGUCCAAAUUUCGCGUCUUGAGUCUGUAACUGAAGUAUGGGUGAGGAUUCAUGCAGUUAGUAUGCUACCUAUCAACAGUGAGCAGAACGUGAGACGAAAGAUGGUAUCGUUAUCCUGAUAUCAUAAAUUCGAUAGUCAAAGCAAACUCAAAACAAUUCGUAUAUGCACUUGACAAUUGAAAUAAGAUUAUACUGC